GCUGUUUACUGAUCAUGAGGGUUCAAAACUUUUUUGUCCCCAUUUGGUCAAAAAAGUGUGGCUCCAUCUUCCUUGUGCUGGCUGUGUUUGUCCUAAUCUUCAUUGUGUAUGACACGAACAUUAUGGAGACUCCCACACUUUUCAACUUUCACAAUAAAGUGAACAACACCAAAAUCAUCCAUCCACCCACCAUUUCCAAUGUUACUCCACCUGUUGGCGUGUGGUACAACUUCUGGAAGCUAAAACCACUCUCCCCGAAGGAAGCCUUUGAAGAAGACCUCUUGCUACAGUCCAUUGCUUGGCCUGACACUCCAGCUUUACAAUCUCUUUCCCUGAGGAAGUCCAGUGACCCAGCCCACAGCACCUUCAACAUUCUCGGAAGGAUGGGAGGAGGACAGUGGCAAAUAGGGGAUAAGCUGGAGGUUAUUAUCAAAAUGUAUGAUUUCCAGGGCCAUCCAAAGAACUAUGGGGGAGACGUCAUAGUUGCUCGCCUACACAACCCAACUCUUGGUGCAGGUGUAGCAGGGAAAGUAGUGGAUCAUCUCAAUGGCUCCUACUCUGCUGUAUUCUCUUUACUCUGGGAAGGAAAUGCACAGGUUGAGGUAAUACUGGUUCACCCCAGUGAGGCAGUCACAGUGCUGGGCAGACUCACCAGAGAACAACCGGACAGAGUUUUUUUCAAAAGCCAGUUCCGCUCAGGGAGGGUCAGUGAAACUACCACCUGUAAUGUAUGUUUGCGUCCAUCCCGGCAGCCUGUGUGCAACUACACUGAGCUGCAUACAGGUCAGCAGUGGUUCUGCUACAAGCCAAAGAAGCUCAGUUGUGAUGCCAGGAUCAGUCACUCCAAGGGGGGAUUUACACAAAACAUCACUGUCAUGGAGAGCAAGCUGUUUCAAAGGCAGCCGUGUCAUUGGGCCAUCGUGUUCAAGGCUCCUGCAGAAGCCAAUGGUGUGAGUGGUCUGGCACACUCUGAUCUGCGUGAAGUUGAGGCGGGCACAGAUCCGGGGCCAGCCAAUCCCCCGUGA